ACCAACUUACUGUGAAUUAUUUUGCAGAGGAAGAGGAAGGUUUAUUCUUAAAAACUCAUCUACGGUUGACAAAAUGAGAUCAGAUGUGUUGACAUCCUUUCUCAUUGCAACUCAUAUUGCUGUUGGUCUUGGUGGGCUCCCAUUACCACAAAACCAACUGCGUUGUCGUCCUUGCUCACGAGCUAGAGAUCUAUUCGACAGCAACAGUAUAACAAUCUGUGACAAGACACUCGAGGACUGUUAUUUAGAUGAAAUUGUCACAGACCAGGGGACAAGUGUAUUUAAUGGAGGCUGUUGGUCUAAAAGCGUACGGAUUCCGAAUCAAGAAAAAUGGGGGCGGAAAGACAACCUCGCUAACUGGCAGAUAUAAAAAUGUUAAAUUUUUGAAAGCCAAAGAAAAAAUAUGCCCUCAAGAAAAAGUGUUUUCAUUUUAGUAUGUUGUGUAACUUUUGUUUUGAUAAGCUUGACAAAUGUGUAUAUAAUGAAUAUAGAGAAAUCAAUAUACAAGCCUGUUAACUUUAACAAAAGACAUUUUUCAAAACAUAUUGUUCAGUAUGAAAAUAACUUCUGGAAGAAGAAAGACACAAGAACUAUUGUUGCUUGGACAAAGUAUUUCGAUAGUUGGGACUGGUUCAGUUGGAUGCGUAAUCAGAUGAAAACUUGCCCCGCAUCAUGCGAUCUGUCGAAUAAAAGAUCUGAACUUGAUUCAGCUGACGCAGUGCUAUUUCAUGCGAGUGACAUGUGGAAAUAUCGUGGCGUUGUUGGAACGAUUUACAAUUAUGUUAAACCUAUGCCAGAUACCAGAAAACCGGAACAAGUUUGGGUAUUGCUAUUUUUAGAACCAAUUUCUAAAUUGUACGGCAAUGUGGAGCACGUAUUUAACUGGACGAUAACGUACAGACGAGAUUCUCUAAUAAGUAGCGUAUAUUCAACCUGGAGAAAAAAGAACAUUACUCAGUUAGUAAGUAAGAGAACGCAAGAUGUGGUAGAAAAUAAUUUUCAAAAUAAAACAAAGUUCAUAGCAACUGCAAUAAGCAACUGUGUUGAUCAAGCUAAGCGCUACAAAAUAAUAAGAGAACUGGAAAAUUACGUAAAAAUAGAUAAAUUUGGUAGGUGCUAUGGUGAACGUUUUCGAAAUUUUAAUUUUCUUGGAGAUUACAAGUUCUAUAUAGCAAUUGAAAAUAAUUUUUGUCGUGACUACAUAACGGAAAAGUAUUGGAAUACUUUAAACCGGAAACAGAUUCCAGUAAUAGCAACAACGAAAUACAAUAGUGAACUUCUCCCACCCGGCUCAUUCAUAAAUGUCUUUGAUUUUGACAGCAUAAAAUCGCUUGCAGACGAACUGAUAAAAAUUGGAAAUAAUGAAACACUUUAUAAUAGUUUCUUUGAAUGGAAAAGGUACUACACACCGGAUAACGUGGGAGUGGUUUGUAAGCUAUGUAAAGAACUGCACAAAAAUAGGUCAGCACAAAGCUAUGUUGAUACGGAAGACUGGAUACGUGAUGACAUGUGUCAAAAAAGCUCGACAUGGUCAUUGAUAUCCGAGUAUGUUGAAGGUUGGCUGUUUAAACUGGGGCUUACUUGACGUGUCUUUGACGAGACAAUAUAUAUGCACCCGUUUUGAAAGAAAAGAGCAGUUACACGGGUAUGGACGUGCAUAAGAAUGAAGUCUGCAUGAAAAUGCAGAAGGGUCAUGUGUGAGGCUCAAAUCACAAGAAAACAAACAUACACAACAGAGCUGGAAAACGAGAGAUCAAACGUUUGACAAUGAAAGAAUGUUUCAUUUUAACACGGAAAGAAAUGCUGAUUCUGUACAAUACUGUUACAUGAUAGAAACUAUAAGUUUAGAGAUAACGUUUGGUGAAGUAAGAGUAAAAACUCUAGGAACAGUUAGAUUUCAUAUAUGGUAUGGAAAUACUAUUUGUACCUGGAUAUACGUGCGGAUAUAAACUAUAUUUGCAUGACAGACUGGUAAACUGAAAAGAAUUUCGCACAUAGCGCCAAAGACUUUAGUGAGUAUAUGCCUAACAGCUUGGUGAUGACACAGGUGCAUGGACGUGCAUUUGCUUGCCGUAUAAAUAUUUUUUUGUAAUAUCGAGUAUUAAACAAGAAAUCUGAUGUUAAACAUAAAAAAUAUCAUGCUCUGCGUCAAUUUUAGAUUACGGUGCCUCGGUAUUGGGCUACAAACACUACCAUUCAAUAGACAGUGUACAAUACGGUAUUACCUGGGUGUGCAUAGAUUUGUUCCAAAACUCGCAAUCACUGGAGAUACAGGGUGGCUCCCAAGUAACUAUUGACGCUGGAUAUCGAUGUUGAGUUUGGAAUUGAUUAGAAUAAUUUGAUGAUAAUAGACUUACAUAUCGUGUCUUAUAUCAAAACUGAAGAUAAGGAAAAUGUAGUUGCAUAUUACACUAUUAUUUGGAAAGCAGAUGUAAUGAAUUAUCUAAAUUACAAACUUAAGUAAUCUUCAAAGAUACUUUAAAACAAAAAAAAUAUAUGUUUCUUGACCUUUGUUAGCAAUAGCGAUCUUUGUUAGCCGAGUUUCGAUGUGGUAUUUACCGUUAAGAGUAGAAACAGAGCAAACACUUUGUUCGUUUUGCAACAAUCAGCAAAUAGAAGAUGAGGUGCAUUUCCUCAUAAAGUGUUCAUUUUAUAAUACCAGAGUAGACACUUCUCAUGACCAGUAGUCUGAUAUAAAAUUUACGAACAUGAACGAUUUUAUAAGUUGAAGUAUAUUGUCACUUCUUUUCAAAGAAAAGAGAAGUAAGAGUAGAUUUCCCGGAAGCAUAACAUGUAAUAUUGGUCCCUUGGGCCGGAUGUUGUGUUAAACUGAUAUUUAUUAAUAUGAUUUGUAAAACGUUUAACACAUAUCACUUUAAUAAAAUAAUUACUUAGUUACUUAAUUACAUACUAACGCUUAGCUCAGUAGGGAGUGCGUUGGUAUACGGAUCGCGGGGUCGCGAGUUCGAUCCCUUGGCGGGGCGUAUGUUCUCCGUGACGAUUUGAUAAAAGACAUUGUGUCUGAAAUAAUUCGUCCUUCACCUCUGAUAAUUCAUGUGGGGAAGUUGGCAGUUACUUGCGGAGAACAGAUUUGUACUGGUACAGAAUCCAGGAACACUGGUUAGGUUAACUGCCCGUCGUUUAUGACUGAAAUACUGUUGAAAAAACGGCGUUAAACCCGCAACAAACAUAUACUUAUUGAAUACACUAUCAAGAUUAUAUUAAAGUUUCUAAUCCUCUGUA